GAAAUAAAAAAACCGCCAUGUUUUGUGUUGGACAGUUUCUGAGAAGAAUCAGUAAUAUGUUUUACUACUAAAUAACUAUCAAAAAUAAUAGGCUAAUUGAGCGCCUGCGUUCUAGAAAUAAUGCACGGAGGUCUUUAAGACAAGAAACGUUUCAAUAGGCUAUUUCGUCAGUGUGAUCAGCUGCAAUUUCCUCCUGAAGUAAAAACUACGGCGAAAAAUGACGACAGAGACGAGUGAACAAACUCAAAAAUAUCUGGGUUUGACUUCGCCGGUCAGCACGUCCGAGCCGACAAAAGAAGACUCUCGAUUGACAGAAUCACUUGAAUUAGCACUACAUCCUCAUGGUGUAUUUGAAUCGGAAGACGAAAGUCAAAAACGAAUUAACGUACUGGACAAAAUAAAUAAGCUAGUAAAAGAAUGGAUUUAUGAAGUAUCACAGAGUAAGGUAGGAAAUAAGGACAAGUUAUUGCUAUCAUGGCAAUAAUCACAAAUUUUGAUAUUGGAGGGAGUAGUAAAGAAGAAUGUUGGAGUCAGUUUUUUGUUAUUGAAAUAAAUAGUACAAAAAUUGUUUCUUAUUUUAAAGUGUAAAAAAAAAAGCCAUUAGGAAUAAUAACUUUGUACAUUCGUAUAUGUUUACUAUGUCAAAUGUAAACGGGCAACCGCGGUAUGAUUCCUAAACGAAAACAUGUUUCAAUGUAUUUUAUGUUUAAUUUUACUAAAAUUCUGUUCAGUUAAGGGAAUUUUUUUAAGUCAUUGAUUCAAACUAGCCAAAUAGGAUUUCUCUACACUCAACUGUGUUGGAAAAGUCACAUUCGUAAUUAUAGAUCACAAUGACAUUUAAUAACCGCAAUGAACAUAUUCAUAUUUUUCUUUAUACUCCUGAAAAUAUGUUUUCUCAUUUUCUUUUAGAUUUUAAGUUAUUUAAUUGCGACUUUUCUUUAGAAUAUGGAUGAACAUAUGAUAGAGCAGGUUGGUGGCCAAAUUUAUACUUUCGGCUCGUACCGACUGGGUGUCAACCAAAAAGGUGCUGAUAUUGAUACCUUGUGUGUGGCACCUCGUCACAUUGACAGAAACGAAUUUUUUACGACUUUUUACGAGAAACUUAAAAAGCUGUCAGAAGUUAAAGAGUUGCGUGCCGUUCCGGACGCCUAUGUUCCCGUUAUAAAGAUGACUUUCGAUGGCAUCGAAUUGGAUAUGCUCUUUGCAAGAUUGGCUCUUCAAGCCAUUACAAAGGAGCAGGACUUGUGCGAGUUGUCACUAUUAAAGAAUCUGGAUGAGAAAAGUGUUCGAAGCUUGAACGGUUGCCGGGUGACCGAUGAAAUUAUCAAGCUUGUACCACAGCAGGAAAGCUUCAGGCUAGCUUUGAGAGCUAUUAAAUUGUGGGCGAAGAAAAAGGGUAUCUAUAGUAAUGUUCUUGGAUUCCUUGGUGGGGUGUCUUGGGCUAUGUUGGUUGCUAGGGUUUGCCAACUCUAUCCAAACGCCGCCGCCGCUACAAUCGUCAAUAAAUUUUUUCUAGUCUAUGAUCAGUGGAAGUGGCCUCAGCCUGUGCUGCUAAAACAUCCAGAUAGUGAUGAAGCAGCAAAACAGGGCUUAAGCUUUCCUGAGUGGGAUCCGCGUGUGAAUCACAAAGAUCGAUUUCAUUUAAUGCCAAUAAUCACACCUGCCUAUCCGCAGCAAAAUUCCACUUUUAACGUUACCAAUUCAACUAGGAAUAUCAUGACAAUGGAAUUUAAGAGAGGAUUGGAGGUAACAAAUGCUAUAUUUGCUGGAAAAGACGACUGGGAGUCGCUCUUUAAACCAUCAGAUUUUUUUACACGCUAUAAGCAUUACAUUGUAGUCAUAGCCAAAGCUGCGACUGCAGACCAUCAACUAGAAUGGAAUGGUUUGGUUGAAUCAAAAAUUCGAUUCUUAGUUGCGAAUUUGGAAUCUAUUGAUCAUAUAAUUCUAGCUCACGUAUCAACUGAAUCAUUUUGCUCAAAGUCUGAAGAUGACGAGCAAACCAAAUGGUUUAUCGGUUUGGAAUUUGGCAGAACCGAUAAUGUCAAUAUAAAUUUAACAGAUCAAAUUCGCCAUUUUACUUCAGAUGUUUAUCACAAAGCUGUUAACAUUCAACUGUACAAAGAUGAUAUGGUAUUGGAUGUUUUACAUGUUAGAAAGAAGGAACUUAAGAAUUAUUUACCUCAAGAUGUAUACAAUAGAGUAGGAUUGAAGAAGAAAAGCUUCGUUAAACGAAACUCGUUGUCGAUGUCGCCAAAUAAUGACACUGGAGGUAACUCCCCUGAUGUUAACGGCCAUAAUGAGGUAAGAAAAUUAGAAAUAAUUUGCCUUUGGGUGGAAAUUAAUUUACAUCUAGGUGAUAAGAGAGAAAAAAAGAGGCGGCUAUUCGUCCGGUGAUUGUUCGCUCUAUGCGCGUUUUCGUCCCUCAAACGCGCGACGCGGCAUAUAUCAUCGAAAAAGCACGGAUUAGCGAGUGAUCUGAUUUUUAAAAUAGUGAGACGAUCCUCCCUAACAAAGCCUAUCUUUCCCCUCUAAAACUCGCUUCCUCCGUUUAAUAAUUUUUUGGUGAAUUUUAUCAUUUAGGAACCAACCACUUGCAGUCAAUUUAACUUUUACCUUUAAUACCUGUAAUUUAUCAAAAUAUAUUUAUGACAAUGAUCAGUUACUGGACAAAUAGUCGCAAAACAGUACACCAGCAUUAAACCUUUUCUUUCCAACUAACAAAUCUGCUUUCUCACAGACAAUUAAAAAUCUAAAUGAGUCGUUAGCACUUACGGCUAAACGACAGAGAAUUUCAGAUAGUCCGUCAUCGGACAAUUUAAGCUCAGUUGAGUUGAAGGUAGCAACGGCCACUUACAAAAAUCUCUUCAAAAACUUCAAGCUAACUAACUGAACUGCUUUCAGACUAACAAGAAUUUGAAUGAGUCGUCGGAAACUCGUAAACGACCAAGAACAUCUGAUAGUGUAUCCUCCGACAAUUCAAAUUCAAUUGAUUUUAAGGUAUUAACACUUUAGGUGGUGGUAAAUUUGAAAAGGUCUUGAAAUAUAACAAAUCUGCUUUCUCACAGACCAAUAAAAACUCGAGUGAUUCGUCGGUACCUCCCAAACGUGCCAGAUUGUCAGAUAGUCAAUCCUCCGACAAUUCACACAUUGUUGAUUUUAAGAACUCUGGCAGCGGACGUUCAGCCAACGAUUCGCCCAUUACAGUACGUAUUAAUAAUCAUAAUAGUUUUUUUAGAGCAAAGAAAAAUGGUUCAGUUGUCACCGAGUCUGAAUAUUUGCCACAGCAAACGCUUACCAUUUUGUAAAAUUAAACAUCCAUAUUUGUUGUUAGGUUUUGGGAAAAUCCACCCAAUCAGAUUCUCGUGACUCAAAUUAUCCGGACGUUUCGAACUCUGAACGGAUAUCUAGCGGUUCUCAAGUAGGUUAUCUGAAAUUAAGCUUUUCUUUCAUAGUGCAUAAUAGUUUGGAAAUAUCCACAUUGCUAAAAAUUGUAUAAUAUUAAUUGUAUUAUUAUCAAUUUUCAGGCUAAUUUGCCCGUAGUUGAGGCCCAAUAGACGGUCAUCCUGUAACUUUUUGGUUUAUGAAAUUUCCUCCUUCGUUAUUUAUUGGGGAUCAAAAGUUUGUCGGUGGUAUGAUUGAAAUAAAAAAAAAACAUUAAGAAAAAAAAAUUUUUCGUGUUCGGCUCGCUUUGGUGGGCUGUACACUAUUAUUUUAGCGAAACUACCCACAUAUGUUAAUAUUGAAGUGUGUGUAAGUUCUUUUCAAACAGCUUCAUUCCGUUUAUGCAUUUCGAGGAAAACGAAAAACAGAAUGCUAGCGCAGUUUUUGGUAGUGGUUGAAUGAGGGAUUGACGUUAAGUCUGUAUCAAUGUUGCCUAUAGUAUCAAAUUUUUGUACGAUUUUUGUGGUUUUUUUAAUAAUGUAAACUCAUAGCAAGUGAUUAUUCUAGCGCAAAAUGUCAUUAUUUUUAUUGGGGCGAUGAAGAUUCAACCGACUUUGUGUAAAGACCAUUUCGUUUCUUAUGUGCCUCUUAUAUUAUAGUUUUAGUAUGUUUUUGUACCAUAGUUAUGUAAAUAAAAGUUAAAGAGAUUUGGAUUUGCAGG